GCAAUGACCCAGGAUGCAGCCAGGGGCCACGACAUGCACGGAGGACCGCAUCCAGCAUGCUCUGGAGCGCUGCCUGCACGGACUCAGCCUCGGCCGCCGCUCCACCUCCUGGUCAGCUGGGCUGUGUCUGAACUGCUGGAGCCUGCAGGAGCUGGUCAGCAGAGACCCGGGUCACUUCCUUAUCCUCCUUGAGCAGAUCCUGCAGAAGACCCGAGAGGUCCAGGAGAAGGGCAUCUACGACCUGCUCACACCCCUGGCCCUGCUCUUCUAUUCCACUGUUCUUUGUACACCACACUUCCCACCAGACUCGGAUCUCCUUCUGAAGGCAGCCAGCACCUACCACCGGUUCCUGACCUGGCCUGUUCCUUACUGCAGCAUCUGCCAGGAGCUGCUCACCUUCAUCGAUGCUGAACUCAAGGCCCCAGGGAUCUCCUACCAGAGGCUGGUGAGGGCUGAGCAGGGCCUGCCCAUCAGGAGUCACCGCAGCUCCACCGUCACCGUGCUGUUGCUGAACCCAGUAGAAGUGCAGGCCGAGUUCCUCGCUGUAGCCAAUAAGCUGAGCACCCCCGGACACUCGCCCCACAGUGCCUACACCACCCUGCUCCUGCAUGCCUUCCAGGCCACCUUUGGGGCCCACUGUGACGUCCCGGGACUGCACUGCAGGCUGCAGGCCAAGACCCUGGCAGAGCUUGAGGACAUCUUCACGGAGACUGCAGAGGCGCAGGAGCUGGCGUCUGGCAUCGGAGAUGCUGCAGAGGCCCGGCAGUGGCUCAGGACCAAGCUGCAGGCGGUGGGAGAAAAAGCUGGCUUCCCUGGGGUGUUAGACACUGCAAAACCAGGAAAGCUCCAUACCAUCCCCAUCCCUGUCGCCCGGUGUUACACCUACAGCUGGAACCAGGACAGCUUUGGGAAUAUGGAAGAGGAUUUGGGGGCCCAGACACCCAGACAGUGCUGGCCUUGCUUCCCUGCAGACAUCCUGCAGGAAAUCCUGCUCAAGGAACAGGAGCUGCUCCAGCCAGGGAUCCUGGCAGAUGAUGAAGAGGAGGAGGAGGAAGAGGAGGAGGAGGAGGACUUGGAAACUGACCGGCAUUGUGCUGAGAGAGACUCCCUGCUCUCCACCAGCUCUUUGGCGUCCCACGACUCCACCCUGUCCCUUGCAUCCUCCCAGGCCUCAGGGCCAGCCCUCUCGCGCCAUCUGCUGACUUCCUUUGUCUCAGGCCUCUCGGAUGGCAUGGACAGCGGCUACGUGGAGGACAGCGAGGAGAGCUCCUCCGAGUGGCCCAGGAGGCACGGCAGCCAGGAACGCCGGGGCCACCGCAGGCCUGGGCAGAAGUUCAUCAGGAUCUAUAAACUCUUCAAGAGCACCAGCCAGCUGGUACUGCGGAGGGACUCUCGGAGCCUGGAGGGCAACUCGGACACGGCCCUGCCCCUGCGGCGGGCAGGGAGCCUCUGCAGCCCCCUGGACGAACCAGUAUCUCCCCCUUCCCGGGCCCAGCGCUCCCGCUCCCUGCCCCAGCCCAAACUCAGUACCCAGCUGCCCAGCUGGCUUCUAGCCCCUGCUUCACGUCACCAGCGCCGCCGCCCCUUCCUGAGUGGAGAUGAGGAUCCCAAGGCCUCCACGCUACGUGUUGUGGUCUUUGGCUCCGAUCGGAUUUCAGGGAAGGUGGCUCGGGCAUAUAGCAACCUUCGGCGGCUGGAGAACAAUCGCCCACUCCUCACACGGUUCUUCAAACUUCAGUUCUUCUAUGUGCCUGUGAAGCGAAGUCACGGGACCAGCCCUGGUGCCUGUCCACCCCCUUGGAGCCAGACGCCCUCACCUCCGACAGACUCCCCUAGGCACGCCAGCCCUGGAGAGCUGGGCAUCACCCCAUGGGAGGAGAGCACCAAUGACAUCUCCCACUACCUCGGCAUGCUGGACCCCUGGUAUGAGCGCAAUGUGCUAGGCCUCAUGCACCUGCCCCCUGAAGUUCUGUGCCAGCAGUCCCUGAAGGCUGAAGCCCAGGCCCUGGAGGGCUCCCCCACCCAGCUGCCCAUCCUGGCCGACAUGCUACUCUACUACUGCCGCUUUGCCGCCAGACCGGUGCUGCUGCAAGUCUAUCAGACGGAGCUGACCUUCAUCACUGGGGAGAAGACGACAGAGAUCUUCAUCCACUCCUUGGAGCUGGGUCACUCCGCUGCCACACGUGCCAUCAAGGCUUCAGGUCCUGGCAGCAAGCGGCUGGGCAUCGAUGACGACCGGGAGGCUGUUCCUCUAACACUACAGAUUAUUUACAGCAAGGGGGCCAUCAGUGGACGAAGUCGCUGGAGCAACCUGGAGAAGGUCUGUACCUCCGUGAACCUCAACAAGGCCUGCCGGAAGCAGGAGGAGCUGGAUUCCAGCAUGGAGGCCCUGACGCUAAACCUGACAGAAGUGGUGAAAAGGCAGAACUCCAAAUCCAAGAAGGGCUUUAACCAGAUUAGCACAUCGCAGAUCAAAGUGGACAAGGUGCAGAUCAUCGGUUCCAACAGCUGCCCAUUUGCUGUGUGCCUGGAUCAGGAUGAGAGGAAGAUCCUGCAGAGUGUAGUCAGAUGUGAGGUUUCACCCUGCUACAAGCCGGAGAAGAGCGACCUCUCCUCGCCACCCCAGAGGCCUCCUGACCUGCCGGCCCAGGCCGCGCCUGACCUCUGCUCCCUUCUCUGCCUGCCCAUCAUGACUUUCAGUGGAGCUCUGCCCUAGUGUGGGCCCAGCGCCAGACUGGACAGAAGCCCUGGGGCAACCUCCUCUGUGACCCCUCCGGGACAGUCCCUCUCUGUGGAGAACUGAGUGGUCCUGUGCAGAGACAGAGUCCCACUGUGGGUCCUGCAGUGAGCCGGGUCUGGAGUAGAGGGUUUCUGGGGCCUCAGGGUUCUGGGAAAGGAACAGCUAUCAGGGAGAGAAGGGCCAGACCCCAUUGCCUCUCAGAUUCCUCGCAGUAGAAGGAGAAGGAUGGAUAAAUUGACCUCCGAAGUGCCUGACCACUAGCAUGGUCUAGGAUGCUUUCUAGAAGGAAGAUCUGAGGCUCUGGUGCUCAGGGGGAUGGCUUGGGCCUUUUCUCUCAACCUUGGCUGAGCCUACCCCUUACUUCGUCAAAGACUUGAGGACCCUGUAUGUCUGGAGUUCAGUCCCCUCCUCUCUGGGACUCGGGUGACUGAAAUGUGGAUGAAAUAUUUCUCUACUUCAAGACCACCUCUCCCUCCAAACACACACACACACACACACACACACACACACACACACACACACACACACCAACAAUUUCUCUCUCUCAGGUUUCCUGAUUCUCUGGAAAAACGGCACUAAUGCUAGACCUGUCUACUCUCAGAACUCGGCACAGAUUCUCUCUUGAUCCCCUUUUUGGAUCUGAGAUUCUUGGAAGACAGUAUAGGCUUAAAUUCAGUAGCAGCUCGGUUCUAGCUAAAUCACCAGAGGAAGUUAAUUACCUUUGAGCCUCCAUUUCCUCAGCACUAAAAUGGAGUGGAGAGUUGGAGUGGAAAUAAGGUAUCCUUAAAAGGUUAAAUUGUCUGCAAAGCACCUAGCCCAGUGCUGAGCUCCCAGUAGGUGCUCAGUAAAGCUUAGCACCUGACUUUCUGAACACCUAUUCCUCCUGUUUGGAGCCACUGGGAUACUCUCACCUCCGUUGGGAUGCUCCUCACUCCUUCCCAGUUCAUGGCUGAGGCAGAACCCAGACUGAAGGGGGAAGAGACAUUCCAGACAUUCCAGAGACCUUCGUCAGGGUAAGGGGUGGGCUGCUCAGGGGCCCCACCCUUCACCCCCUUCUGUAUCACAUUGGCCCUCCCACUCCCAUCUCAAUCUUUGUGUGCAAAAUCUUCCAUGCCCGCAAGUUCACUGGCACUCUUCCGGCACCUGGGCAAGAUCCCAGAACAGAGGAUGGAGUGACUGGUCUCACAGAGCUUAGUGCCCAACUCAGGGGAAAUGGCACUGGUGCAUGGGACCUGGUCAGCCUAGGAUAGGACAUGAGAGUCUAAGAUUCAAAGAGAGUAGCUUGAAGUCGUUUAAGAAGCUAGAAACCAACGUGGACUAGAGAGAGCAGAAGUCAAGACCAGGAUUUGGACUGAUAGACGUGGAGAAAGCAGCCACGGAAGCAUGAACUGUAUCCCGCACAAAGUCCCUCUUCUCCUCCUCCUAAUUCAUUAUGCCCAAAAGGUCUUACAUGAAAUUCCAGCCCAGAGUACACAUGACUUGAGAGAUGUGGACACAGCCAGCUUCUACCUUGCCUGGCCGUUUCUCCCAUCUUUUUUUUUUUUUUUUUUUCGACAGAGUCUCGCUCUGUCGCCCAGGCUGGAGUGCAGUGGUGCAAUCUUGGCUCACUGCAAGCUCCGCCUCCUGGGUUCACGCCAU